AUGUGGUGCACGAUGAUUGAGCUUAGCAGGAGUGGCAACAAGGCUUACGACCCCAUGGAUGGGCGAAAAAAACAUGUUCCGGGGCUUGUUGAGAUUCACGAGCAACUUCUUCAAUUGCUGAAGGAUAAUCUGAAAGAACUACAACCACCCUUCGGAACACCCAAGCAUGUCGUCAACAUUGAUGAAAGUGUAGACGAUGCUCAGCCAGAUUCAGCUUCGCUAUGUUGCAUGCCUCGCUCCUCCAUUAGGUCUAAAGUAGCAGGUACCAUCAGCGAUCCUGCAUCAUCAGCAUCUGAAAAACGCAAUGCGCAGUUGAGAAAACACAUCGAAGACACAAUACGUCGACUACAUGGUCACGCACUAAUAAUCAACUAUGUCCUGUAUCCUCAUAAAGUUCCAUGCGAUAUUGAGAAUUUCAUCAUUGGAAAUGCCAAGGGAGUUUUCACCUUGGCCCGCCUCCUCGUGAACUGGAGUGCCGAUCCUGGUGCCCAGAGGUUUUUCGUAACGCCCUACAGCCAGACGCUGCUAUCGUGGGCCAGAGAAAGGGCGCACAAAGCAGCCGUCGCGCCGUUGCUUCAUAAACCGUCGCCUGUCUUGCCAAGGUUUCUAUCGCUCGAGGAGUACGACAUCAACGUCAAGUUUCGGCAACUGAGCAUGGCAGAGCGAGAGCUGGAGCUGCUAUGGGCCAAGUACAAGUCACCGAAUGAAAAGAUGGAUCGCUAUGGGAAUAUUAGUCCCUGGGCGCGAAAUCGCGUUAAGCUGCAGGUUCCCGAAAACAAACCCGACUACAUCAACACUUCUCCUAUUACUCUCACGUCGUCUAGCCCAAAUCAACCCCCGCUGCACUAUAUUGCUAUGCAAGGACCUACCGAACCGUCAUUCAAUCACGUCUGGCGUGGAUGUGAACAGAAUUGCGCUCAGUAUUUGCCCAUGUAUGGAGAAAAUGCUACUUGGACCUUUAACGACGAUAAUAUAUGGGGCGACAACUGGAAGGCACAUCUUACCUUUAACUCACGAGAGGUCAUUGCAGGCGGUGCGAUUGAAAAGAGCAUGCUGGUGCUGCGUGUAUACAAAGAAGGAGGAGAAAAAGAAACUCGUGUUAUCUGGCACUUUCUUUACAAGCGCUGGCCCGACUUUGGUGUUCCAACUCGAAACGACCUAGACAGCCUUCUCCAAUUGAUAAAGUUGUCGGAACAACAUAGCUCGCCAUUGAUUAAGCGCAUUGUUCAUUGCAGCGCUGGUGUCGGCAGAACGGGUUCUUUUAUUGCUCUCGAUCACCUCAUAAGAGAGCUCAACCUCGGAGUUCUCGAAAGAUUUGACGAACCAUCAGAGGGCCCUGAUCUAAUCUGUAACACAGUCGAUAUCCUGCACCAGCAGCGUUGUAGCAUGGUCCAGAGUAAAAAGCAGUAUCGAUUCAUCUACCAGUUUAUGCGGAAGCUUUGGUGCGAUAAGUACGGUGUUAUAGAUGAGGACGCAGACGACUUCGAAUGA